CGGGUUUGACUACCAUGGCGUGGGUUCAGGCCGAGUCUGCGGUGGAAGAGUUGAUGCCACGGUUGUUACCUGUGGAGCCCUGUGACUUGACGGAAGGUUUCGAUCCCUCGGUGCCCCCCAGGACGCCGCAGGAAUACCUGAGAAGGGUGCAGAUCGAAGCGGCUCAGUGUCCAGAUGUUGUGGUAGCCCAAAUUGAUCCAAAGAAGUUGAAGAGGAAGCAAAGUGUGAAUAUUUCUCUUUCAGGAUGCCAGCCUGCCCCAGAAGGUUAUUCUCCAACACUUCAGUGGCAGCAGCAGCAAGUGGUCCAGUUCUCAGCUGUUCGACAGAGUGUGAACAAGCACAGACAUCACUGGAGAUCUCAGCAGUUGGACAGCAACGUGACAAUGCCAAAAUCUGAAGAUGAAGAAGGCUGGAAAAAAUUUUGUCUGGGUGAAAGGUUAUGUGCUGAAGGGGCUCUUGGACCUUCUACAGAUGAAAGCCCUGGGAUUGAUUAUGUCCAAAUUGGUUUUCCUCCCCUGCUUAGCAUUGUAAGCAGAAUGAAUCAGGCAACAGUCACUAGUGUCUUGGAAUAUCUGAGUAAUUGGUUUGGAGAAAGAGAUUUUACUCCAGAAUUGGGAAGAUGGUUUUAUGCUUUGCUGGCUUGUCUUGAAAAGCCUUUAUUGCCUGAGGCUCAUUCACUGAUUCGACAGCUUGCAAGAAGAUGCUCUGAAGUUAGGCUCCUCGUGGGCAGUAAAGAUGACGAAAGAGUUCCUGCUUUGAAUUUACUGAUCUGCUUAGUUAGCAGGUAAAUUAGGAGAUCUGACUUCCUGUUUGUUAUCCACAUAAGGUAUUUUGACCAGCGUGAUUUAGCUGAUGAGCCAUCUUGAUAGAGCUUAACUCCUGGGGAUGGAAGAUAGUUCGUCGAAGGCGGCCUGAGUCCGAGGAAGCAUAAUGCCAAUUUGAGAACAGAGUGCAUCACUUCUUCAACACUCUGUGAAGUGUUUCAUCUUAAUCUGCAGCUCAAGUUGAUAUUCAAAAUGUAGACAGUAUUGAAACAGCUAAGGAAAAGCCCACGGGGUGUCUGAUGAACAGUUGGGAUAGUUUCUUCAGUCAUGUGCAUUGAAAAUAGAUCAAGUGUGACUUAUUACUUAAGCAGCUUGCAUAAAAACUGAUGAAAUUUUAUACCGGUCCCUGGUGCUGUUUCAUUGUUUGUUUACAAAUAUUCAUAUGUAUUUAUGUUAAAUGUAUUUUGACUACUCAAAUUUUGUUUGACUCUUGAACAAAAUAAAAGACUGUGGGUGUCCUUAUAAUUAGAAUUCAUACAGAUGAAAUGGCAAAUAUGUUCAUAGUCAACAAAACUAACUAAAUGUUCAGGUUUAAACUCAGUCAUUUAAUUGUACCACCAGAUCUUUCUAGCAGAUCAUUUUCAGUAGUGUCCUAAUGAUGGUACGAACUUGUAGUCCCAGCAUUUGGAGGUCUAAGCCAAUUUAGGCUACAUAAUAAGACUCUACCUCAAAAAAACAAGGGAGUAGAGAUGGAUGAUGAGCAGUUAGGAGCACUGCUGCUCUUGCAGAGGACAUACGUUCAGUUCCCAGAACCUGCAUAGCAGCUGCCAACCAUCUGUGCCAUCAGUUUCAUAGCAUCUUGCGAUAGACCAGCUCAGACAGGACAGGGUCUCAGGAACAGGUGGGUAAGGAGUCAGCAAAUGAAAAACAGACCCAAGACUCAAAGGAAUUGCAUCUGAAUGCAUCUUUACUAGGCAUGAGACUCAUCCUUAUACAGAAAAAAAUUGCUUAACAGCAUGUAUUGUUUUUUCAUGUGAUACAGAUUAUUAGAAUAAUUAUAUCAGAUACAUGAGAAUAGAAUUUCAUCAGACAGAUGUCCCUGGGGUGAGUCUGCGGUUGGUCAUGCUAGACAUGGCUUGGCAUUAGCUACAAUAUAAAUCUUUAUCUAGGUCAUGAGUUUAUGGCAUUUUGAGCUAAGGGCAAGCGGUUCUGGUUAACAGUCACAGGGUCUACAGUCUUUUUAUAUUUCUGUCAUCUAUGCUGAAGAACUUCUUUUCUUCUCCUCCAUAUUUCUAACUCCUCAAACCUUCCCCAAAACCAGUAUCAAGAAGUUACAGGCAGUUAUCUCUCUCUUCUUAUCCCAUUUUUGCUGAAUCUGUCUUAAUUGCUUAAUUAAGUUUGCCUUUUGUUCUUUAUUUACUAAGCACCAGAUUAAACUUGGAAAC